GAUUUAACUGAUAUAGUGUACUGUUCUAUAUUUACAUAUCACAACAAAAGUAAAUCCUAAAACAAUCUGAGGCUCAUACUAUCCUUACAACAAGGCUUAUGAACCCUUAAAUAAGUGAAUAUAUUUUUCGACGGAACGUGAAGACCAAUAACACAUGCAUUAUGCUUCACACCAAAGAUGAGUUUGAUAACCUAAUGAAUGCAGUUAAACAGUUAUUGAACCGUACCGUGUUUGAGAAGAUUGCUUGUACCGUACGUGGUAAGACUCGAACGAUUUUUCACGACAGAACUUAGUUAUUCAUUAAUGAGCCAGCAGUAAAAUGACCUUUAGGUUAUUACGAGUGGAAAAUUGUCUGAUAUCUGAAGUGUUGAACCUAUUAGGCGUAGAGUAACUUUAAUUGUGUGUUAACAGAUAAUACUGUCUAGAAGUUCUAAUAUUCUUCUCUAUACUGAGUGUCAUUUAGCAACGUAACAAUAACUUAAUGUGUCGACUACCUGUAAUGUCUUUUAAUAUCAGUGCCUUUAAGAGCUUUAGUUCAAUAAUAGGGUUGUCAUUAGUAAUCAGUUACUUUACUCGGAUCCAGGUAAUCUAUCACACAGCACAACAGACAUUAUUUAUUUAUUUAUUUGAACACAUAAAUAUUGGUACAAGAGAGCGCCAAUAUAUAUGCGCCACACAAAACAAUGGGAAUUCGAAGAGAAGUAGAAAGAAAAAAAAAGAAGAAAAAAAAACUAAGGAACGCAAAAGAAAGAGAGAGUAAUGACGAAGAGGUACAAUCAGAAGAAAUCUUUCAGUUAAGGAAGAUACAACCACUUUUUAUGAAGAAAGUAAAAGAAGGUUACAGCAGGAUCGCCACUGGCUUCUAUUCUGAGCCAUAUCUGAUAACGUCUCUAGCCACUGUGUAGCACCAUCUCUCGGACCCCAGCCAGGGAGUCGUGAAGGACCAACACAAGCCAGUCCUUUGCAGCUUUCUUUCAUGCCACGACACCAUGUCAUGCACUGACCACCUCUCCGCUUCUUCCAACCAGUCCCAGAGUCGGCAAAUAAUGCACGACGUGGAAUUCUCUGGGACGACAUUCGGAGAACAUGUCCAAGCCACCGAAGUCGGUGUUUCAAGAUGGUCACACCAAUUGAGUUAUCAUCUCUGUGCCUGAACACACGAUGCCGAACCUCUGCAUUACUGACUUGGUGUUGCCACUGAAUGUCAGCAAUCCUUCGGAGACAGCGAUGAUCGAACACAGAGAGUCGUCUAACGUCCUCAACUCGGAGAGGCCAGGUUUCACAAGCAUAGAGCAAAACUGCUCUCACCGACGCGUUGUAGAUCCGACCUUUUACAACCAGACUAACAUCACGAAGGCGCCAAAGGUGGCCCAGAUUGGCAUAAGCCGCUCUGGCUUUCACUAUUCGUGCAUUGAUCUCAUCACUCACACCCCCACCAGCACUUAUGCAGCUACCCAGAUACACGAACUUCUCGACUACGUCUAUCUGCUCACCAUCCAGGGUGAGUACAGGAUUGGAAUCCUGCCAGUCUUGUAGAAGUACUUUGCACUUCGAAGGUGCAAAGCACAUACCAUACCUACGGACAUUGAUUGCCAACUGGUUAAGUGCGGAUUGCAUGCCUUGGGCAUUAUCGCACAGUAAGACAAUAUCGUCCGCAUACUCAAGGUCGAGAAGUCUUUCUCCAGGCAACAGAUCCACAUCACCAUUACUUACAUUCAUCAGAGCUGUUUCUAGAAUGUCAACGAUGGCAAAGUUGAAGAGGAAUGGUGAGAUUGGGCAACCCUGUCUAACCCCACUACUCGAAUGGAACAAUGGAGAAAGGUGGUUGUAUGCCCUCACUCUGCCUGAGGUGUUUUUAUACAGGGCUUUUAGGAUGUUAAUAAACUUCUCAGGCACACCCUUCUUCAAUAGACAAUCCCAGAGAACAGUCCUAUCCAACGAAUCGAAGGCAGCCCUGAUGUCAAGAAACACUACGAUUGUUGGCCUUUGAAAAGUAUGGCGGUGUUCUAACAUUUGGCGGAGGGUGAAGAUAUGAUCAAUACAUCCUCGACCAGAACGAAACCCAGCCUGCUCCUCGCGAGUCAAUCUUUCUCGGGUUUUGAACAACCUACGAAGAAUGACGGAAGCCAAUAGCUUGGACGCAAUCGGAAGUAAACUUAUCCCCCGAUAGUUGUUACAAGAACGACGUGAACCCUUUUUAAAGAUAGGGACAACUAUCGACUCAUUCCAUGACGUUGGUACAACAGACAUAAUAUCUCUCCUGAAUAAUACAAGGUUAAAGAAGUGGUCUGACCAUUCAGUAUAUCAAUGUAAAGUUGCAAAUAAGCGCAUCGAUUCAAAAAGCCACACUUUGUCACAGCACAAGAAGAGAAAAUCAAUAGAAAUGAACUGCGAUUCACGUGAACCAAAAGCAUAUAAUAAAUCACACGACCUUCCCCUAUCCACUAGCAAAAUAGACAUGUAUCAAUCAAAUCCAUUUUAAGCACUAUGUUGCUAUUGUAGUGUUUAUAAGACAAUAUUUUUCACCCGUUUUUAAAACAGUAUUACGUCAUUCAGGCAUUUCAGGAGCUAGACAAAAAUGUGUUACAACCAAAAGUAGAUUCAUAGCACUUGAAAACAUAAGAAGUACAGAUUAUGAACCUAAUAGAUUAUUUUGCAUGAUGGCUGACCAAAAUAUUUAUCAUCUUAUCCUCGGUCUCUAGAAAACUGUUAUGACGCACCGCAUCUAAGAGCCCACACUGAUACGUACUCUCCCUACACACAAGCUCGGCUACUUGAGAGAAAGAAGGUUAAUUGCUUAACCGAAUCGACUGCAUCUGCACUCAUUAAUAUGUAUCUGUCUCGAAGGAAAUUGAGCCUGGUGGCAUAUGUUUCAUCCCUUGGAAAAAUAUCGAUUCUUAUCCAAUCACAUGGACUUGUCGUUUGGCGAUUUCCGAUUGAGUCACUGUAUUAGAUUUACUAAGCGGGACGGUAAACGACCAAAACUAGUUAGGAAAUGUUAUAUUCGUCGAACAUUUCAUUCAAGAUAAAUAAAGCGGGUAGCCCGCAUAAAUACUACUCCAUUUAGCUUAAGUGAGAAUCGACCAGUCCUAAAGCAUUAUUGCACAUUUAAGAGAAAAGUACUUGAUAUAUUCACAAACUACUGCCUGUAGUAGGAUCUAACAAGAUAAGUAACAUAAACAGGAAUAUCGACUACAUGUGAUUAUUUUAACUGAUGAAAAGCGAAAGCUAGAUGGGUAAAAGUUGAUAUGAUAAGCAUCAAUAGUUUAAAGCUCCGUCUUUCAGUUAAUCACAGAAAUAAUACCCUGGAACGGUCUGUAACCAUAUGAACUGAGGUAUUCCGACUGAGUCAUAAAAACGACAGUGAUAUUUCAUGGGGUGUAAAAAUAGAUUAUAGGGGAAUGUAAAGUAAAAUGAUAGGAAAACCAGAUACGUUACCGUUCAGUCUUCUAGAAGACCAGAGUGGUGAAGACGAAAUCGAAAUUAGUCCCAUAGAUUUCGGGAAAAUCAGAAAUUUGAAACUACUGUACGUAGUAAAUAAGUUAAAAGUACAUGCUGAUGAUCUUUAGGGAAGAUCUCUAUCCAUUUGCGCACUUUGCAUAGGAUAAGUCUGGUGGACUGGUAAAUGUUUAUGACGUAUUUAGAUAUUGGCUUCUAUCACUAGUUUUUGAAGGGAACUAUAAGAAGUUUAUAUCAAGUUAGUGAAGCUAACUUUCCCACUUCCUUAACACUGAAAAUAAUUAAACUAUCGAAACCAAGCUCAACAGUAUGAUCAAUGGUGCUGCAAUGAAUAGAAACGAAUAACAAUUAGUUGUUUUUAAUAUUUAUACUCAUUUAUGGCCACUAAUUUUUUUGACUGACAACUAAUACACCCAUAUUUACUUCGUCGAAUAGCUUAAGAGUUCCAGUUUUCUGACAUAUUUUCGUUUGAAUGGUGAUUCACUUUUCUAAAAUCUAAUUAGUUAGGGUGUGAGGAUUGGUUCUGAGUAGAAUUAUUCAGCCCGACACCCUAAGCUAUUAGACCAUCAUAUAUGGAUCAAUCAAGAUAGCUCUGUUCUCCUAUUCAAUAUUGCAACCAACAUUUGUCUGGAGUGUAGAUUAUUUGAUUUGCAGAGAAAUUUAGAUCCCUAUUUAUCACUGAUUGGUAGAAAACUACGGAGUCACUUAUUUUACGGUACUUAAAAACUAAUUACUUCAAGAAUAUCCUGUGGAUACUUAUGUGUAGGAACUACGGAUUUAUCAAUAUUGAUUAAUUUACCAAUCGCAUUGUUUACUACUUAGAUGAAACAGAGUUUAUUAUGAAGAUUAUUAACGUAAUCUGUGGUUAUCUUUAGAAAAGAAAACACAGCUUUUGGUGUACAUGUUUAGUUGUAGUUGUGUGAAGUUAUUAAAUGCCGACAACUAAGUUGUUUUCUCGCUCCUCUCACAAAUCGUAUCAGCACUUUUCAUGGGAACUUUCCUAGAACUUGAACACGAAGAUUCUAGAUAUCUAUGGGGUUUUGAUACAGCGUUGGCAGAUUUCGCUCAACAGACCAACGAAAUCGAUCUAACAGUGAACACUAGUAACGGGUUCAAAGUACAGUUAGAAUUAAGAUGACACAAUCAAAUAAUACUAUCAUGGCUAUUAAUGCAUAAUAUAUAGUAGUCAGUUUUGUACGCUAAGUUUAAGUAGUACGGAGAUUAUCAAGAGAUUAGCACUGGGUCCUUAAACUAUAAGGAUAAAGGUACAUUUGACGCGGGAAGCUCAUAAAAAUGGUUAAUUACGGGUUUUAUAGUCACUGCACUCGUCUUCAAUUAAAAAAUCAAUUGUUAGCUAAGUUAUCGCUCCAUGAAUGAAUUUCUUGUUUGC